AUGGAGAAGCUGUCAGGGAAGGACAAGGAGCUGAUACGAGGCAGCUGGGAGAGCCUGGGCAAGAACAAAGUUCCUCAUGGUGUCAUCAUGUUUUCCAGACUGUUUGAGCUGGACCCUGCGCUCCUCAGUCUUUUCCACUACAGUACAAACUGUGGCUCCACACAAGACUGCCUCUCCAGCCCCGAGUUCCUGGAACAUGUCACCAAGGUGAUGCUUGUGAUCGAUGCAGCAGUCAGCCACCUGGACGACCUUCACUCCUUGGAGGACUUUUUGCUCAACCUUGGAAGGAAGCAUCAGGCAGUGGGAGUCAACACACAGUCAUUUGCUGUGGUGGGUGAGUCCCUUCUCUACAUGCUGCAGUGCAGUCUGGGCCAGGCCUACACAGCGCCGCUGCGUCAAGCCUGGCUCAACAUGUACAGCAUCGUGGUAGCGGCCAUGAGCCGAGGGUGGGCCAAGAACAGAGAGGACAAGGCCGACUGA